AGUAAAACAACUGAAUUAAAACGGCGUCGUAUUAACCCCAAAAAAUCAACAAAAAUCUCUACUGAUCUCAAUUUCCGAUUGCAGACAUCAGAUCCAUUUCACAAUCUUCCAUCAGCGUGCUACACAAUCGCCUUGCUCAAAUCAUGGCUGCAUAUGCAAGAAUCAAUGUUACAAUGAUGAUGGUGAUGAUAGCUUUAGCAAUCUCUCUUUAUUGGGAUUCAGCUUCAGCUUCAUCCGUCGGUGAGUUUGUUGACAAGACCAUAAACUCCCACAAGAUCGUCAUCUUUUCCAAGACUUAUUGUCCGUACUGUAGAAAAGCGAAAGCCGUUUUCAAAGAAUUGAACCAAGUUCCGUUUGUUGUGGAGCUUGAUGAGAGAGAUGAUGGUUCAAAGAUUCAAGAUGUUUUGACUAAUAUUGUUGGGAAGCGUACCGUGCCACAAGUUUUUAUCAACGGGAAACACCUCGGCGGAUCAGAUGAUACUGUCGAAGCAUAUGAGAGCGGGCUUUUGGCUAAACUUCUAGGAAUUGAGACUGACGAUCAUGAUGAUCUUUGAAUCAGAUUUAUUUUUUACGAGGAAAAAAAUGUGAUGGAUUUUGAUUAGGGGAAAAUUUCAUGCGAUGCCAAAAUUGUAUUUUGUGACAAUAUGAAUUUUUUACACAUAAAGGGCCUGAUAUGAUUAUACUUUGGCACAGCGAAAGUUUUCAUUUAUAAAAUGUGAUGGAUAGUCUUCUAAUUUUCCCAGGUUAGCUCCAUCUCCCCCACCCUACUUUCCAGCAGCUUUAUAACAGUGCAAUAGUAACAUGUCCUGAUUGGUAUUGAGUGUUUGUUUGAGAUGCAAUUUAUGCUGAUAUAGUUGUCUGUCAA